GGGGCCGGGGACGCGGGCUCCGCCGUCCCGUAGCUGCGGAGGGGCCGCUCCCCGAGUCCGGCGCUACAUGCGGGCUGUGCUCUGCUCUGCUUCCCAGGGACGGCCGCGCGGAGCCAGCGACUCCUGAGCCGAGCCCCCCGGCUGGGAAGGAACCGACAUGGACCUCUCGCCGCUUCCCGGCGCGCGUGUUUUUGUUUGUCAGGACGUGGGGCUUCUGCUGGUGCUGCUGGAGGUCGUGCUGUUAGCCGGCAGAGUCGAUGCCGGUGGAAAGAGUUACACAGGACCAUGUGGAGGAAGAGACUGCAGUGGAGGAUGUCAGUGUUUCCCUGAAAAAGGAGCCCGUGGCCAGCCAGGACACCUUGGAUCACAGGGGCUCCCUGGACCACCGGGAUUGAUGGGAAUCCCAGGACUGCAAGGUCCUAAAGGUCACAAAGGUGAAAGAGGACAUCCAGGAAUAAGUGGACCCAAAGGAGAAAUGGGGCUAAGAGGAGUCACCGGUUUCCCAGGGGCAGAUGGCAUUCCUGGUCAUCCAGGGCAGCCAGGAUCAAGGGGGAAGCCAGGUCAUGAUGGCUGUAAUGGGACAGUAGGUGACCCAGGUGACCCAGGAACACCAGGACACUCUGGUUUCCCUGGUACCAUUGGAGUUCAAGGACCAAAGGGCCAGAAGGGGGAGCCCUAUGUGCUACCGCCGGACAUCGCCAGCCGACAUCGGGGGGAGCCUGGGGAUCCAGGAUUUGCUGGUUUUCCAGGAGCUCCAGGUACACUGGGUAUUCAAGGACCUAUUGGUCCAAGAGGAACGCCAGGAAGACCUGGACCACCAGGGCCCCCAGGACCGCAAGGACCACAAGGCAACAGAGGUCUUGGCUUUUAUGGAGAAAAAGGUGAACAGGGCGCCCCAGGUCCUCCAGGUCCACCUGGGCUUCCCACAAGAGAACUGAUUGGUGUCCCCACUGACAAACACAAAGGUGAAAGAGGAGAGCCUGGACAAAAAGGGGAAGCUGGAUUUCCAGGUGUACUUCUCUUCACUCCUGAAAAAGGUGAAGAAGGGGUAAUGGGCUUCCCAGGACAAAGGGGACUGCCUGGUAACGAUGGUUUUCCAGGACUUAGUGGAGAAAGAGGUUUUCCAGGAUUGGAUGGCCAACCAGGUCAAUAUGGUCCUAGAGGAGGCAAGGGGGAGCAGGGUGAGAUGGGUCCUCCAGGACCACCUGCCUAUGUUCCUUACCGCAUUCCAAGAAAAGGUGUAAGAGGUGAUCCAGGCUUUCCAGGUGCUUCUGGACUCCAGGGAGAACCAGGAGAGCAGGGUGAUCGUGGGCUGCCUGGUAUUCCAGGAUUCUCUGAUGGAGAUGCAGAUAAGCCAGGCUUACCUGGAGAGAUAGGACCAAAAGGUGAAAAAGGUGAAGAAGGAUCUCCUGCUUAUCAAGCAGGCCCGCCUGGGUUUCCAGGUAAACAUGGCGAACCAGGACUCCGUGGUCCACCUGGUCCCCCUGGAACUCCAGGUUCUCUCUUUGGAUUAAAAGGACAAGAAGGGACACCAGGUAGACCUGGUGCACAAGGUUUUCCUGGGCCACGAGGACAAAGAGGACCUAAAGGCGAAGAAGGUGACUGCAGUACAUGCCUUUUGAGUGAUGAACUCAGAAGGGGCUCUACUGGCCCCCGUGGCCCUCCUGGUUUUCCAGGAACCCCUGGCCAGCCUGGGAGAAAAGGAGAACCUGGUGAUCAAGGUCCACAUGGUAUUCCUGGCUACGCUGGAGCAAAAGGACAAUCGGGCCAAGAAGGAUUUCCUGGACCAAAAGGAGAAAAGGGAGAUUCUAUAUACAUAACUACUAAAGGCACCAAAGGAAUCCGAGGAGAUCCUGGACUUCCUGGUAUCAGAGGGGAAGAUGGUUUCCCAGGCAGAGAUGGAUUAGAUGGUUUACCAGGACUGCCUGGCCUUCCGGGUGAUGGUAUCAGAGGUCUCCCUGGGGAUCCUGGUUACCCAGGAGAAUUAGGCCCAAAGGGCUUCCCAGGAGAAACAGGCCUGCCGGGUGGAGGAUUUCCUGGCCCAAAAGGGUACCGUGGUCCUCCAGGUGACGAUGGAACAGACGGAAGCCCUGGGGUUCCAGGUCUGCCUGGUCCACCAGGAGAGCCUGGCCAAAUAGACUGUGGGCAGGUGAUUGAAGAUUUUCCUAGAGGAGAUGCAACUGAUCCAAUAUGGUCAGGUGGAGGCUGUGUGAGGCCACCAAAGGGAUCUCAAGGCAAGCCAGGGCUGCCAGGAGCCACAGGUACUAAAGGUGCAAGAGGAUUCCCGGGUGAUCCAGGCCCAGUGGGAUUCCCAGGGCUAAAUGGUACACGAGGUGAUCCGGGUCGGGAAGGAUACCCAGGUCCUCCAGGCUUUACUGGGCCCCGAGGAGACAGCGGCCCAAAUGGCUUACCUGGACUACAGGGACAUCCAGGUCUUAUGGGAAAGUCUGGUGCUCCAGGACUGGAUGGACAGAAGGGUGCUCCUGGUGAUGUUUUGAGAGCAGCAGCAGGCCCUCGAGGGGAUGCUGGGCUGCCUGGCUUCCCUGGCUUGAAAGGUGCACCAGGAGAUCAAGGAAUACCAGGAGUUAGAGGAGCGGAUGGUAACCCAGGAUUGCCAGGCCCCAAAGGUGAUCCAGGGCUGCAAGGUCUCCCUGGUUUGAUGGGUUUACCAGGAACACCAGGAACUCAUGGAUUCCCAGGGCCACCAGGAAACCCCGGCCCUGAUGGUGGACCUGGCUCUCAAGGACCCCUUGGUCCACCAGGUGCAAGGGGAGAAGAUGGUGAGCAAGGCUUUCCUGGUCUGGUGGGCAUAAAAGGUCAGUCUGGUGAUAAAGGUGAAACAGGUUUCCCAGGAUUACAAGGUAUCCCUGGCGUGACUGGUCCCCCUGGCAUUAGUGGAAUGGAUGGAUUUCCAGGAGACAAAGGCUCAAGAGGUUCACCUGGCAUUGAUGGUUUCAAAGGCAUGCCAGGCCUGAAAGGAAGACCAGGAAUCAAAGGAAUCAAAGGAGAAUUUGGCUUAUUUGGGGCUCGGGGUGAUAAAGGCGCGCAGGGUGCUCGAGGCUUUAAAGGUGACCGUGGAGAACAAGGUCCCCCAGGAGAGCCCCCGAAGCCAAAGCCUAGCAUGAUGAUGAAAGUUAAAGGUGAAAAAGGAGAUGCUGGAGAAACUGGCACCAAGGGAUUCUUUGGCAUAAAAGGUAGCAAGGGAAUGCCAGGCCUUCCUGGUAAGACAGGAAUUCCUGGGUCCCCAGGGCACCCCAGCUAUGUGCCUGGUGUGAAGGGGGACAUUGGUGCAAAAGGGCUGACGGGUCUGAAAGGGUAUCCUGGUCCAACUGGCUCUCCAGGCAUCAGAGGCUUCCCUGGCAGCACAGGAGGCAGGGGAGAUAAGGGUGCCCCAGGAAGUUCGGGUCAUUUUGGUACUCCUGGCUCCCAUGGUGAAAUUGGUGAGCCGGGUGAUACUAUAAACUUACCAGGAAUGCCAGGCCUUAAAGGGGAAGUUGGUGUGCCAGGUCUUACAGGCUUAAGAGGAGGCCCUGGACAAAAAGGCGAAGGAGGUGAUCCUGGUUUACCUGGCAUUGAAGGCCUCAAGGGCAUACAGGGUGUACCUGGCUCCUUGGGACAGCAAGGUUUGCCAGGACUGGUCGGCCCUCCAGGGCAGCAAGGAAGCCCUGGAACGCCUGGAUUCCAAGGAGAAAAAGGAACUCCUGGCUGGCCUGGCUUACCAGGACAAGCAGGCUUACCUGGCUCAAGAGGAAUCAGUGGACUGCAUGGUUUACCAGGCACUAAGGGCUUACCAGGAUCACCAGGUCCAGAUGGCUAUGGCUCUGCAGGCUUCCCAGGUCCUGUGGGUGACAAAGGAGAAGCAGGAGAGCCGAGCAGAGUGGAGGGCAGCCAAGGCCCGCCGGGUCAGAAGGGAGACAGAGGUGUUCCAGGAAUCCAAGGACCCUUUGGCAUUCCUGGGCAGGAUGGACUUCCAGGGCCUCCUGGGAUUUCCAAUAUAUCAGGAUAUCCUGGUGAUAUAGGUUCACCAGGUCUAGAUGGAGUGCCAGGCUAUCCAGGACUACAUGGGCAGCCUGGAAUACCAGCUCCACCGGGAAGCAAGGGAGAAAGUGGACGAGCAGGUGUGAGUGGACAAGCUGGUCCCAAAGGGACAAGAGGUGAUCCUGGACUACAAGGGAGACCUGGGAUUCCCGGUUAUCCCGGACCAAAAGGUCGUAAGGGUGAACAAGGUGUCAUUGGCUUUAUUGGCACAGUAGGAUUUCCAGGUGAUCUGGGACCCAUCGGACCCAAGGGGGAUAGAGGACUUACUGGCUUCCAGGGCCCUCCAGGCUCUCCUGGGUUGCCGCCUCUUCCUCCAAGGCUGGUUGCUGAGCAAGGUUCACCAGGUCCCCGUGGAAGUACAGGACCUCAGGGAAGUCCAGGUGAUACAGGACCUCAAGGUCCACCAGGAGAACCAGGUUUCAGAGGCUUACCUGGAGAACCAGGACUCCAGGGCAGAGGUGGCAUUCCAGCUCCUCCUGGAUCCAGAGGUGAACAAGGAGCAAUGGGGUUUCAAGGUCCAGUGGGAUUUGAAGGCCAGCCAGGUCGCCCCGGUAGCCCCGGGCUGCCAGGCAUGCCAGGUCGCAGCGUUAGCAUCGGCUACCUGCUGGUGAAGCACAGCCAGUCUGACCAAGAGCCAAUGUGCCCAAUUGGCAUGAACAAACUCUGGAGUGGCUACAGCCUCCUGUACUUCGAGGGACAAGAGAAAGCACACAACCAGGACCUAGGGCUGGCUGGCUCCUGCUUGGCUCGUUUCAGUACAAUGCCAUUCCUCUACUGUAACCCUGGGGAUAUUUGUUAUUAUGCAAAUCGAAAUGACAAAUCCUACUGGCUCUCAACUACAGCACCUCUUCCAAUGAUGCCUGUGGCAGAAGAAGAAAUUAGGCCAUAUAUCAGCCGCUGCUCUGUGUGUGAGGCCCCAGCUGUGGCAAUUGCUGUCCAUAGCCAAGAAGCUUCUAUUCCUCGCUGCCCCGAAGGCUGGCGCAGUUUGUGGAUUGGAUAUUCCUUCCUUAUGCACACUGCAGCCGGCGAUGAAGGUGGAGGACAGUCGCUGGUCUCUCCUGGGAGCUGCCUGGAAGAUUUCAGGGCUACUCCUUUCAUCGAGUGCAAUGGGGCACGUGGAACCUGUCAUUACUUUGCCAAUAAGUACAGCUUCUGGCUCACUACGAUUGACCAGCCCUUCCAAAGCAAGCCCUCGGCAGAUACACUCAAGGCAGGACUCAUCCGAAGCCAUAUCAGCAGAUGUCAAGUCUGUAUGAAAAAUUUAUAGAAGCCUUUCAUAGUGUAAGGAACCUGCUUACCAUCUAGUACUUGUACAGUGAAACCUUCUAGGAUGUUUAGACAUUUGAAUAAAUCAUGUUGGUGCUUUUUUAACUUAUUACCUCAAAAGCGGAACGGAAAGAUGAUUUUUAAAAGUGUAUAAAAGCAAAACAAGCGUAACACAAAUUAACACACAGACCUAGUGCUGUGUUCUUCUGCUAUACAGUACAUAUAUAUGUUUUUGCUAGUCUAACAGAUGUUGCAAAUACUCACGCCUUUGAAGCACAAAAAACUUCAGAAAUAAAAGCUUACCGUGGUCAGAUACCCACUGCAUUUA